AUGAAGUUCAUUCUGCUGCUUUCCCUAAUUGGGUUCUGCUGGGCACAAUAUGACCCACAUACUACGGAUGGGAGGACUGCUAUUGUUCACCUGUUCGAGUGGCGCUGGGUUGAUAUUGCCAAGGAAUGUGAGCGAUACUUAGCUCCUAAUGAUAAUAAAUGUAAUGGAGAAAUUAGUAACUACAAUGAUGCUUAUCAGGUCAGAAAUUGCCGUCUGUCUGGCCUUCUGGAUCUUGCACUUGAGAAAGAUUACGUUCGUACCAAGGUGGCUGACUACAUGAACCAUCUCAUUGACAUUGGUGUAGCAGGGUUCAGACUGGAUGCUGCUAAGCACAUGUGGCCUGGAGACAUAAAGGCAGUUUUGGACAAACUACAUAAUCUAAAUACAAAAUGGUUCUCCCAAGGAAGCAGACCUUUCAUUUUCCAAGAGGUCAUUGAUCUGGGUGGUGAGGCAAUUAAAGGUAGUGAGUACUUUGGAAAUGGCCGUGUGACAGAAUUCAAGUUUGGUGCAAAACUUGGCACAGUUAUCCGCAAGUGGAAUGGAGAGAAGAUGUCCUACUUAAAGAACUGGGGAGAAGGUUGGGGUUUGGUGCCUUCUGACAGAGCCCUUGUGUUUGUGGACAACCAUGACAAUCAGCGAGGACAUGGUGCUGGAGGAGCAUCCAUCCUGACCUUCUGGGAUGCUAGAAUGUAUAAAAUGGCUGUUGGAUUUAUGUUGGCUCAUCCUUAUGGAUUCACAAGAGUAAUGUCAAGUUACCGUUGGAACAGAAAUUUCCAGAAUGGAAAAGAUCAGAAUGACUGGAUUGGACCACCUAAUAACAAUGGAGUAACAAAAGAGGUGACCAUUAAUGCAGACACGACUUGUGGCAAUGACUGGGUCUGUGAACAUAGAUGGCGUCAAAUCAGGAACAUGGUUGCCUUCCGGAAUGUAGUCAAUGGUCAGCCUUUUGCAAACUGGUGGGAUAAUGGCAGCAACCAAGUAGCUUUUGGCAGAGGAAACAGGGGAUUCAUUGUCUUCAACAAUGAUGACUGGGCUUUGUCAACAACUCUACAGACUGGUCUUCCUGCUGGCACAUACUGUGAUGUCAUUUCUGGAGAUAAAGUCGACGGCAAUUGCACUGGACUUAGAGUAAAUGUUGGCAGUGAUGGCAAAGCUCACUUUUCCAUUAGUAACUCUGCUGAAGACCCAUUUAUAGCAAUCCAUGCCGACUCAAAACUGUAAGAGUCACAAUAAAGACAGAUAGAGAG